CGCGGAGAGCGAUAAAGCUCCCCGCCUGCGCCCCGACAGGACGCUGCCCGGGGAGCAGAGAGGGCUGUCCCACGCGGGACCCUUGCGGCGUGCAAGCCGCCCCUCGCUGCGCCCUGCUCCUAGGCGGCCAAGGCCCCCACCCGAGGAAGGCACGAUGCCCCAGAACGUGGUCCUCCCGGGCCCUGCGCCCUGGGGCUUCAGACUCUCGGGGGGCGUAGACUUCAAUCAGCCCUUGGUCAUCACCAGGAUCACUCCAGGAAGCAAGGCGGCAGCUGCCAACCUCUGUCCUGGCGAUGUCAUCCUGGCUAUUGAUGGCUUUGGUACAGAGUCCAUGACACACGCUGAUGCACAGGACAGGAUUAAGGCUGCAGCACACCAGUUGUGUCUCAAAAUUAACAGGGCAGAAACUCGCUUAUGGUCUCCACAGGUGUCUGAAGAUGGGAAAGCUCAUCCUUUCAAAAUCAACUUAGAAUCAGAGCCACAGGAUGUGAACUACUUUGAACACAAGCACAAUGUUCGGCCCAAACCUUUCAUAAUCCCAGGCCGAAGCAGUGGAUGCAGCACGCCCUCCGGUAUUGAUGGUGGCAGUGGACGUAGCACCCCUUCUUCUGUCAGUACUGUUAGUACCAUUUGCCCAGGUGACUUGAAAGUUGCUGCUAAGAUGGCCCCUAACAUUCCUUUGGAAAUGGAACUUCCGGGUGUGAAGAUUGUACAUGCUCAGUUUAAUACACCUAUGCAGUUGUACUCAGAUGACAAUAUUAUGGAAACACUUCAGGGUCAGGUUUCAACAGCUCUAGGGGAAACACCUUCAAUGAGUGAACCCACAGCCUCCGUACCACCCCAGUCAGAUGUGUACCGCAUGCUCCAUGACAACCGCGAUGAACCUGCUCAGCCUCGCCAGUCAGGCUCCUUCAGGGUGCUCCAGGAGCUAGUGAACGACGAUGACCGCCCUGCUGGGACUCGCAGUGUGAGAGCCCCGGUCACCAAAGUCCAUGGUGGAGCUGGAGGCGCUCAGAGGAUGCCACUCUGUGACAAGUGUGGAAAUGGCAUCGUGGGCGCCGUUGUGAAGGCGCGAGAUAAGUACCGGCAUCCAGAGUGCUUCGUGUGUGCCGACUGUAACCUCAACCUCAAGCAAAAGGGCUACUUCUUCGUGGAGGGGGAGCUGUACUGUGAAGUUCACGCGAGGGCCCGCACGAGGCCCCCAGAGGGCUACGACACAGUCACCCUGUAUCCCAAAGCUUAGGUCCUUUGCAGGAGGGGGCACGCACGCACGCAUGCACACACGUACAUUUACACGAGAGAGAUGUAAGAGGUUUUUGGGCUAGAAGAUGGUGAACCGCAGGCUGCAACUCUACAGCCACGGCUUUUAGACAUUCAUUUAUCUUGUUGUGUAUUGAGAAAAAGAAAUGCAAAUGUCUGCCCUAUGACAAAAACGUGUUUAACUGUGUUUUGCAAUUCUUUUUAUCUUUGGUAAUAGCAGUAAUGACAUUAAAAGCAAUACUUUUUGUAUGUCAUAUGCCACGAUUUACAUUUCUAAUAUGGCCACUCAACGUGUAAACAUCAAGAUAUUAGAGGAAGUUUAGUGUCCUUCCUUGACAGAUUGAUUUUUACAACUGUAGAAAAACUGUAUCAAAUACCAGUCGCAUAUUCUAACAUACUCUGCAGUGGUCUGCAUCUGUUUUAACUGUUAUACUGCAUGUGAGGGAGAAGUUCUCUCUAGGUUCUUA